AUGGAUUCUUUCCUGAAAUAUAGCAAGACUCCACAACUUGCAAGAAUUACAACUCAAAAGACUAUUGCCAAGGAAUCUGAAGCAAGUGUCCAUCAUCGAUACACAGAAGAAGCAUACUACAAGAGCAACGCCUAUGAUGCUUCCCUUUACCAAGCCUCAGCCUCCGAUGAAAGCGAAGAUGAAGUAACUGUUGUUCCUAGAACAUCAGCAGAUCCUUUCAACAGUAUAAGUAUGGGCUCUAUUGAGCACAUAACAACAGCACAAGGUGGUAUUGAGCAAGAUAAUGUGGAGAGAAAUAGUAGAAUUGAAAUAUCUGAAGAGAAGCUACAACAAUGUUGGUCCGAAAACCCGAUGUCACUACAAGAAACUGCAGAAAAAAUAUUUGGAGUAUCGAGGUCUACAUUGAAACGAACAAUAAAAGAAUUGGGUGUCGAGAAGUGGCCAAGAAAAGGAAGAAAACAACAGCCUGAUGCAAAGAGGAAAACAAACAAUACAGCACCAUUUGAAAGUUAUUGCUCACAACAGAAUGUGGUGAACCUAGGUAGUUCAGCAGCUCACACGGAAAAUGUGCAGUGUAUAAUGGGAUCAGACCUGCAUUUGGAAGAGCCCUUAAUUGAAAGCCAUAUGGAUAUCCAGCAACAAGUCCAAGGGCAUCUGGAAGGCGCUCUUCAUACAACUGAAAGUUCAGGCACAAUUGUUGUAAAAGCCACUUACAAGGAGCUUUCAGUGAGAAUUGUUUUCUCUUUGACUUUACCGAUUAAUCAACUAAUUGAAGAAAUAGGCAUGAAGUUCCAACUUGAGUUGAACAAAUAUAGAUUGCUUUAUCAAGAUGAAGAUAAAGAGUGGAUGAUGCUGACUAGUGUGGAAGAUUUGAAGUAUGCUUCGAAUUUGCUGAAUCAUUGGGAACCAAGUUUGUUAGAUUGUCUGUUAUUGACUAUGUUGUUUAAUACUGUAAAACUAUUGCUUAUAGUUGACAUAUUUUGA